GUAUCCUGGAAUUCAUCAGUGUGGCUGUGGGACUGGUCAGUAUUAGAGGUGUGGACAGUGGUCUUUACCUCGGAAUGAAUGACAAAGGAGAACUCUAUGGAUCAGAGAAACUGACUUCUGAAUGCAUCUUUAGGGAGCAAUUUGAAGAGAAUUGGUAUAAUACCUAUUCAUCCAACAUAUAUAAACAUGGAGAUACUGGCCGCAGGUAUUUUGUGGCACUUAACAAAGAUGGAACUCCAAGAGAUGGCGCCAGGUCCAAAAGACAUCAGAAAUUUACACAUUUCUUACCCAGACCUGUGGAUCCAGAAAGGGUCCCAGAAUUGUACAAGGAUCUACUGAUGUACACUUGAAGUGUGAUAAUGACUUUAUAGAAGAACCAAACUUCAUCCAUUCCUUCUGAUCACAGUUCCCAUCAUAAAAUAAUAACUCAAGAAGAUAUCCAUAAUACUGCAGAAUCUACUUUCUACUGGGAUAUCGGAUUUGGGACGACUACUGAUACAAAAACAAAAGAAAUUUGACUUGAAGUAGAUCAAGAUCACUCUUUAUAAGUGGAUUAUGUUCCCUUAGGUACAUUGGCUCAGUCCUCAUCUGUAGAUUGAAGCUGAAAAUUUGUUAAUCUGCAAAUAACAAGAACCCUCCAAGUUUGCUGCUGGUGCCUAACUUCUCUGGAUUAUGUUUACUUUAAAAGUUACAUUAAAAAUAGAUACUUCAUGUUGAAGAAAUGGAUUGACAUACUUGGCCAAGAUUAUUGCUACAUAAAUUCUGAGAACCUUGUAGAAUUUCCCAAGUUAUGGCAUUGUAUGUAAAAAAACAAAAACAAAAAACCAAAAAACCUGGGCAAAAUGUGGACUAUGACACAUACCACACCAAGACAGAACAUUUUUUAAAAAUAAUGGACCUAUUUAUAAAUUUUCAAUUUGAAAAUAUUUAUUAUAUAUAUUUAUUUAUUAAAGAGUUUAUUUUUUACUGGGAUAUGAAGAUAAUACAAAGAGUAAAAAAACGUCAAAAGUUCCUUUAUUGUGCCAUUACUUUAUUGUGGUGUCCUGGGCUGUAAAAAAGACAUUAUUACACCGCCUUAACCAUAGAAUAAAAUCUUGAAUUUAUUUUUAAAAAUAUAGUGUAGAUUAUAUUUUUAUGCAGUCAGUUGCCUUCUAAAUGUAACAUUAGUUCCUUUUGGCCUAGAAAAAUGCUCCAUUGAUUUGUACUGAAUUCAACACACAUUCAAAAGGGAAUUAAACAUUUU